AUGGAUAUAGAUAUAGGUGCAUUAAGUUUAAAUGAAUCGACAACAUCAACUUCAGUAACAGCAACUCUUACCAAGUUGAAAGAGCAAAUCUAUAUGGAUGAUCCUGUCAUUGUUGGUGAAGCUUGUUCAACUUUAAGAAAGAUGGUUUCACUAGAACAUGCACCACCAUUGGAUGAAGUUGUUUCAUUUGGAUUUGUACCGAGAUUGUUGGAUUUAUUGUUGAGUACGGUACCAUCGAUUCAAUGUGAAUCGUGCUGGGUUAUCACCAAUAUAUUGUCGGGUGCAUCAAAGUAUGUCACUUUUAUUAUACAGAGUGGAGGUUUGGUUCGUCUUUGCUCGUUGGUCUCGUCGAAUGACGAGAGUCUGAGGGAGCAGGUAAUCUGGGCGAUCGGAAAUAUCGCCGGUGACAACGCGCAACACCGUGACUUGGUGUUGGCAGCGAAUGUGCUGCCAAUGCUCUUGACAUAUCUGCGAGCGACCAAUGCUAAACUCUCGUUGAAACGACUGCUCAUUUGGACGGUGAGUAAUUUGUGUCGUGGCAAACCAAAGCCAUCGUUGGCACUGGUCGGCGAAGCACUCCCUGUGAUUGCAAACAUCAUCGCCACCGAGGUGGAUCGCGAGAUGAUGGUCGACGCACUCUGGGCAAUGUCGUACCUCUCGGACGCCACCAACGAAGACAUCUACGAGAUCAUCAAGACUGGCGUCGUACCAAGGAUCGUACAACUGCUCAACAUCGAUGAGAUCAGCGUGUUGGUGCCCAGUCUUCGUACCUUUGGAAACUUGGUGACGGGCGACGACAAGUCGACGCUCUACGUACUCUCGAUGAAUCCAUUCCCCGCGCUAAAGAAACUGUUGCAAUCGCCAAAGAACGCCAUUAUAAAGGAAACCGUUUGGAGUAUGAGUAACAUCGUUGCGUGUAGCACAAAGAUCAUUCAGAUGGCCAUCGACGCACAGAUGUUGCCACCACUGAUACAGAUGCUCUCGGUCAAUUCACGCGUCGAUCUCCAAAAAGAGAUAUUGUGGUGUGUUUCCAACUUGGUCGACGGCGGCAACCAAGAGCAAAUCAACUACGUCAUGAUCGACCUCAAUGCAUUCACCAUACUCUGCAAUUUGCUACCGACCAAACAGGAUCAAGCACUCUCACUGAUUCUCUCGUCGAUCGCCAGUGUCUUCAAACACUGUCCAUCGAAAGGAGAGCUCUACGCCAAUAAACUCGUGCAACUCGACGGAAUCGCAAGUUUCGAAAGAAUAUUCUCAUCACCAAAAGGUUUCCCUCAAGACGACACCAAAGCAUUCAACGAAAUUAGAAACGCAAUAAUUAAAUAUACUCCAAGUGCAUCGUUACAAAUUUAA